UUUCGUUCUCUCAGUGUCGGUUGGGAUGGCGGCGCUGACGGACGCUGCUCCGCCGUCGCGACGCCAACAGAAUCGUUUGUGGGAGUCCGACGCGUGGAGCUGUCCCGAUCCCCAACGCUGCGUUCGCUGUGACAGUGCUGUAACAAGCCCCGCAACUCCUUGUGCUGGUGUUGUUAACUUCGUCCUUGAUAACCAAGCCGCAGACUGUGAGGAUGAGGACCACGGGAGAAGCCCGGAAGAGGACAGUGAAAGAUGGUUCCUCGUGGGAUGUAAAAGACCGUAUCAGUACGAGCCACUUGUGCAGGGAGACGCGGACCUCGAGGAGGGCGAUGAGGAGGGUGAGGAGGAGGAAGAAGAUGAUGAACUUGAUGUUUUGUUGGUGGAACAGAAAUCGUCAUUGUUGUUACCUGUUGAUGAAGAUGAAAGGAAACCACACCAGAUGAAGGCUACAGCUGAGACCAAGAAGAAAAAGAAAAAGAAGGCAGACUCAAGCAGCUCAGAUGACUCAAGUAGCUCCAGCAGUAGCAGCAGCAGCAGUAGCAGUGACAGUGAUGAUUCCAGCUCAUCUUCCAACCCUAGUGGCUCAUCUGAUUGCAGCAGCAGUUCUAGCUCCAGUAGCGAAGGCACUUCUUCUUCAAGCAGUGAUUCAUCUGAUUCAUCAACUUCAAGUGAUUCAUCUUCAUCUGAUUCGUCAGAGGGUGAUUCAAAGAAGAGAAAAAAGAAAAAGCAUCAUCCUUCAAGUGGUAAUUCUAAGGAAAAGGAUUCAAGCCAUAAAGGAGGAAAUAUUAAUCAAAAUGUAAAUCCUUGCAUUGGAAAUGCGCAUGAGGUGGGUGCUGCUUCACAUGCUUCUGUGGGACCUACGGCAGAAGGCAGUGCAUACUCAGAUGAUGAUGUUGAUGAUGAAGAGUCUUGUGAGGACUCCCCACCCAUGACUUCAGUGCUGAGUGCAGUGGUGAAAGUCCCACAGAAAACUGCUUUGCACAGUAAUAUUGACGAUGGUGUUAUGAUGGCCCACAUAGACAGUGGUGAGCACAAAAACAGCGGCAGUAAAAGUAAAAAACAUCACCACAAACAAAAUAGGUAGCAGGGAAUAGACAAAUAUCAUGAGAUUCUUGUUGGUUGAACAUGACUAAUUACACAUCAUAUUUCCUUAACCCAUGUGUGGGAAUGUCGAGUGAGACUUGUGA